GAAAGUGCUGUGCUGUGGGCAGUAGCGCCGAGAUUGAUUCACCUUCUCCUGUGCGGAACUCCAGCUGACCCGAGUAGGAAGCCAGACGAGCUGUAAAUCAUGAACGGAAGAGUGGUUUAUUUGGUCGCUGAGGAAGAGAUCAAUCUUACCAGAGGACCCUCAGGUAAAUGGCCAAGACCUAAAGAACCUGCUGCACCAGGAUGCCGUAGACCUCUUUCGUAAUGCAGGUUAUGCUGUGUCUCUGAGAGUGCAGCACAGGUUACAGGUGCAGAAUGGACCUAUAGGACAUCGAGGUGAAGGGGACCCAAGUGGUAUUCCCAUAUUUAUGCUGCUGGUGCCAGUGUUUGCCCUUACCAUGGUAGCAGCCUGGGUUUUCAUGAGAUACCGGCAACAACUUUGAAAAACUUGCUCUCUCUCAGUACUCCCAAUGAAGAUACAUUUCACUCAUCCUCCAUCCCUGCUAUUCUGCCAUGUCUUUUACUGCAUAGCCAGAUUUGAAGUGACUGAUGCCCACCCCAAACCUUGCUGUUCAGAAUCUCCAGUUCUUCGUAUUCUAAUGGGAAAGUAAAGCGGAAAUCAUUCAGUAAGGACCAAGCACUAAAUAACCAAGGAAAAGGAAGUGAGUCAAGGACGUACUCCCCUUGGUGACAGCGUGGGCCGCUGAGAUUUGGGAGUCUGCGCCUGGUCCGCUUGGAGUUCUGAGCGGAUGGAAGAUUUCAGUCAUGUUUGCACCCGCGGUGAUGCGUGCUUUUCGCAAGAACAAGACUCUCCGCUACGGAGUCCCCAUGUUGUUGCUGAUUGUUGGAGGUUCUUUUGGUCUUCGUGAGUUUUCUCAAAUCCGAUAUGAUGCUGUGAAGAUUAAAAUGGAUCCUGAGCUUGAAAAAAAACUGAAAGAGAAUAAAAUAUCUUUAGAGUCGGAAUAUGAGAAAAUAAAAGACUCCAAGUUUGAUGACUGGAAGAAUAUUCGAGGACCCAGGCCUUGGGAAGAUCCUGACGUCCUCCAAGGAGGAAAUCCAGAAAGCCUUAAGACUAAGACAACUUGACUCUGCUGAUUCUUUUUUCCUUUUUUUUUUAAAAAAUAAAAAUGUUAUCAACUGGACUUCCUAAUAUAUACCCCUAUCAAGUGGAAAGGAAAUUCCAGGCCCAUGGAAACUUGGAUAUGGGUAAUUUGAUGACAAAUAAUCUUGAUAAAAGGUCAUGUACAGGUUUUUAUACUUCCCAGAUAUUCCAUCUGUGGAUGAAAGUAACAGUGUUGGCCACGUAUAUUUUACAACUUGAAAUAAAAAAUGUAAAUACUGCUCCAAAA